GAGAGUACGUGUUAAGCCUAGUCUAUUUGCGGGCUCUCGCUAGUCGCGCAUUCUCCAUGCGCUCUCUGUUUCCGUCUUCGGCGUGUUUUUCGACAGCGUGUUCGAAACGUGGAACGUUCUCCGCGCCAUGUAUUCACCCUGCAAUGCGUUUAGAACUGUGAGCGACCUUUGCGAACCAACAUGAAGCUUGGAGAGCGUUGCACUUGCUUUCAGAUCGCGUGGUAACCGCAUCGAAGCUCUUUGAAGUUCCCCGUCAUCUCACGUGGCCAUGGAAGUCACCGGUGAUCUCGUGCUCAACCUGAGCACCGAGUUCCAGCCUCGGAAGAAACGUUCGGCACCUCCGACCACUGCUGCGGCAAGCUUUCGCGGAGGCGCCGGGAAACUACCCUCGACUCCUGCGGUCGCCAAGAAGCAGCGGGCGCCAACCCAGGCGUCAUCGAAGCCCGCGAAAGUCAAGUUCAAGUUUGGUGCGCACUCUGGUAAGCGAAGUCGCGACGACGAGUCGGGAGCUAACACCGAUGGCGAUGCAGAGAGGCCCAAAGGUGAGCUGCCGUUUCCGCGGAAAAAGAAGAACUUCACUCACUCGCUGUUUGGCGGACGAGGCUCUCUCGAAGAGCCCGAGCCGACGAGCCAACAGCAGCAGACAGCAGCCGUCGACCCCAAGAACGAGCGCGUCUUUUCGUCAUCGCAGUUCGCCGAGUUCAACGUGCACCCGCACCUGGUCGCCUGCCUCCGCGACCGCUUCCAGAUCACGACCGCCACCGAAGUGCAGAAGUUGGCCAUUCCAUCCCUCCUCGACCACCGCGACACCCUGAUCAAGUCGGCCACGGGCUCCGGUAAGACGUUGGCCUACGCGCUGCCCAUUCUCCAAUGUCUGCAAGAGAUCCGACCCAAGCUGACUCGCGCCGACGGCGUCCGUGCCGUCGUCGUCGUGCCGACCAGGGAGCUGGCGUUGCAGACGUAUGAGAGCUUUGAGAAACUUAGCAAGGCCUGCACGUGGGUAGUGCCGGGGGUCUUGAUGGGAGGCGAGAAAAAGAAAUCUGAGAAGGCGCGGCUCCGUAAGGGGCUCUCCGUCGUCAUCGGCACUCCGGGGAGACUCACGGACCACCUGGAGCACACGGAAUCGUUUUCUCUGAGCAAGACAUCCUGGCUGGUCAUCGACGAGGCCGACAGGAUGCUCGAGCUCGGCUUCGAGGAGUCGAUAUCGAAGAUCGUUACACUUUGGAAGGAGCAGAGGCAAGUGGAAGGGACCUCCGUGCUCCUGUCGGCAACGUUGACCAAAGGUGUAGAGCGGCUGGCAGGCCUCACGCUGGAGGAUCCGGCAACUGUGGACGUAGCGGUUGAAGCGGGAGCUAACGAACUCGAAGAAUUUGUCCUGCCCCCUGGCCUGAGCCAAUACUACCUCCAGGCUCCCGUCAAGCUGUCGCAGAUGGCCCUGUGCUGCCUGCUCCUCGAAGCGUGCGUCGAGUCAGAGCGUGGCAAAGUCAUUGUGUUCUUGGCUACUCAGGACUCUGUCGACUUUGAACAUGCCCUCUUCUCUUCGGUCUUGGGCAUCAUGCUCGAAGACACGGAGAAGCGAAUAGACUUUGUUAAGCUCCACGGUGAAAUGACCCAGCAUGACCGUGCUGAAGUUUUUAACCGAUUUCGAGAAGCAGCAUCUGGUGUUCUCUUCACGACCGACGUGGCAUCGAGAGGUAUAGACGUUCCUCAGGUUGACCUCAUUGUACAGUGUUGCGUGCCGCUGCGACCUGAAGAGUAUGUCCAUCGUGCCGGGAGGACCGCGCGGAUCGGUGCCAAAGGAAAGGUUGUUCUCCUGCUGUUUCCCUCGGAGGUUGGCUUCCUAGAUGUCCUUGCGCAAAGAAACAUUCAUCUGGACCAAAUGGAACUCAAGGGUGUCCUGUCUAAGGUUUUCACCAUCAAGUCUCACAUCCUUGAGGCCAAGACUGAUCCAGGACAGAAGCUGAAAACGAUGGAGGACUUUGUGACAGCACUCCAGCUCAUCUUCGAAAGUGAGGUCUACAAGGAGACUGCUCUGCAGGAAAUGGCAAAGAAAGGGUUCCUGAGUCACAUUCGUUCAUAUGCGUCUUAUCCUCGUGCCAUGAGACACGUGGUGUCAUUCAAGGCCUUGCAUCUGGGGCACCUCGCCAAGGCAUACUGCCUGCGAGAAACUCCAAGCAGCCUUGGAGCACAGUGGGCCUCACAGCCACAGGACACUGCAGGGCGUCGUUUCGGGCACAAGAAUGCCCGUUUCAGAUCGACUGACAAGCACGGAAAAUAUCCGAAGCCACCUGUCAAAAGGAUGAAAAUUUCAGAGUAUGACAGCGGCCUUGUGGAAUCAAAGAAAAAGAGAAGAAAACAUGUUCACAAUAACUGAACACAUCUGUGAGGACAGUGUUGUUCUUUAGUAUGUGUGGUGCUCUGGCAACAUUUGCUUGCACUGUAAACAUGUUGGUGGUGACUUAUCAUUCAGUGAAAUCUUGACCCUAUGCAGAAAUUUUGGUGCCACAGACAUUUCAGUACAUGCCUUGAUUGCUUUUUUGGGCAGUGACAAAGCAGUUUGUGUGUUUGAAGAAAACCCUGCUCAUUGCUCACAGCCGUUUUCUGGCACCCUGAAAUUGUCACGGUUGCCAAAUUUCUGAUUCAUGUGCUGCUGUCACAAAUUUCCUGUCAUUAAUUAUGUCAUGUGCUAUGUACAAGAACACAGCUACAGGGAUCAUAUGGGGAUAACAAUUGUUCGGUCCAUGCGUCUUCAAUAGUACGCUUUUAGUGCUUCCCAUAAUGUCAUGGCAUGGCAGAUGCACUGAUCACGUGGGAGGAUAUGUACCCGGACCCACUCUCUACUGUUGUAUUUCAAGUGUGCAUUACCAGAUUCUAAGUCAUCAAAUAAAUGCUCACAGACAUGCUAUCUGG